GCUGUGCCUCUGCUCCCUCUUCCUCUAGCUGAGAGUGGGCACCUGGGGUACCAGGCCCCCCCACCUCAUUCCCCAUGAAUGCUGUGGGAAGUCCUGAGGGGCAGGAGUUGCAAAACCUGGGGAGUGGAGCCUGGGACAACCCCGCCUACAGUGGUCCCCCUUCCCCACACGGGACGCUGAGAGUCUGCACCAUCUCCAGCACAGGGCCUCUCCAGCCCCAACCCAAGAAGCCUGAAGAUGAACCCCAGGAGACGGCAUACAGGACCCGGGUGUCCAGCUGCUGCCUCCAUAUCUGUCAAGGCAUCAGAGGACUUUGGGGAACAACCCUGACUGAGAACACAGCUGAGAACCGGGAACUUUAUAUCAAGACCACCCUGAGGGAGCUGUUGGUAUAUAUUGUGUUCCUGGUGGACAUCUGUCUAUUGACCUAUGGAAUGACAAGCUCCAGUGCUUAUUACUACACCAAAGUGAUGUCUGAGCUCUUCUUACAUACUCCAUCAGACACUGGAGUCUCCUUUCAGGCCAUCAGCAGCAUGGCGGACUUCUGGGAUUUUGCCCAGGGCCCACUACUGGACAGUUUGUAUUGGACGAAAUGGUACAACAACCAGAGCCUGGGCCAUGGCUCCCACUCCUUCAUCUACUAUGAGAACAUGCUGCUGGGGGUUCCGAGGCUGCGGCAGCUAAAGGUCCGCAAUGACUCCUGUGUGGUGCAUGAAGACUUCCGGGAGGACAUUCUGAGCUGCUAUGAUGUCUACUCUCCAGACAAAGAAGAACAACUCCCCUUUGGGCCCUUCAAUGGCACAGCGUGGACAUACCACUCGCAGGAUGAGUUGGGGGGCUCCUCCCACUGGGGCAGGCUCACAAGCUACAGCGGAGGUGGCUACUACCUGGACCUUCCAGGAUCCCGACAGGGUAGUGCAGAGGCCCUCCGGGCCCUUCAGGAGGGGCUAUGGCUGGACAGGGGCACUCGAGUGGUGUUCAUCGACUUCUCAGUCUACAAUGCCAAUAUCAAUCUUUUCUGUGUCCUGAGGCUGGUGGUGGAGUUUCCAGCUACAGGAGGUGCCAUCCCAUCCUGGCAAAUCCGCACAGUCAAGCUGAUCCGCUAUGUCAGCAACUGGGACUUCUUUAUCGUUGGCUGUGAGGUCAUCUUCUGCGUCUUCAUCUUCUACUAUGUGGUGGAAGAGAUCCUGGAGCUCCACAUUCACCGGCUUCGCUACCUCAGCAGCAUCUGGAACAUACUGGACCUGGUGGUCAUCUUGCUCUCCAUUGUGGCUGUGGGCUUCCACAUAUUCCGAACCCUCGAGGUGAAUCGGCUCAUGGGGAAGCUCCUGCAGCAGCCAAACACGUAUGCAGACUUUGAGUUCCUCGCCUUCUGGCAGACACAGUACAACAACAUGAAUGCUGUCAACCUCUUCUUCGCCUGGAUCAAGAUAUUCAAGUACAUCAGCUUCAACAAAACCAUGACCCAGCUCUCCUCCACGCUGGCCCGCUGUGCCAAGGACAUCCUGGGCUUCGCCGUCAUGUUCUUCAUUGUUUUCUUCGCCUAUGCCCAACUCGGCUACCUGCUUUUCGGGACCCAAGUGGAAAACUUUAGCACUUUCAUCAAGUGCAUUUUCACUCAGUUCCGGAUAAUCCUCGGGGACUUUGACUACAAUGCUAUCGACAAUGCCAACCGCAUCCUGGGCCCUGCCUACUUUGUCACCUAUGUCUUCUUCGUCUUCUUCGUGCUCCUGAACAUGUUCCUGGCCAUCAUCAAUGACACAUAUUCAGAGGUCAAGGAGGAGCUGGCUGGACAGAAGGAUGAGCUGCAACUUUCUGACCUCCUGAAACAGGGCUACAACAAGACCCUACUAAGACUGCGUCUGAGGAAGGAGAGGGUUUCGGAUGUGCAGAAGGUCCUGCAGGGUGGGGAGCAGGAGAUCCAGUUUGAGGAUUUCACCAACACCUUAAGGGAACUGGGACACGCAGAGCAUAAAAUCACUGAGCUCACGGCCACCUUCACCAAGUUUGACAGAGAUGGGAAUCGUAUUCUGGAUGAGAAGGAACAGGAAAAAAUGCGACAGGACCUGGAGGAAGAGAGGGUGGCCCUCAACACUGAGAUUGAGAAACUAGGCCGAUCUAUUGUGAGCAGCCCACAAGGCAAAUCGGGUCCAGAGGCUGCCAGAGCAGGAGGCUGGGUUUCAGGAGAAGAAUUCUACAUGCUCACAAGGAGAGUUCUGCAGCUGGAGACUGUCCUGGAAGGAGUAGUGUCCCAGAUUGAUGCUGUAGGCUCAAAGCUGAAAAUGCUGGAGAGGAAGGGGUGGCUGGCUCCCUCCCCAGGCGUGAAGGAACAAGCUAUUUGGAAGCACCCGCAGCCAGCCCCAGCUGUGACCCCAGACCCCUGGGGAGUCCAGGGUGGGCAGGACAGUGAGGUUCCCUAUAAAAGAGAAGAGGAAGCCUUAGAGGAGAGGAGACUCUCCCGUGGUGAGAUUCCAAUGUUGCAGAGGAGUUAAGUGUGAGGCACUCCUGGAGCAAAGUCUAUGAAGGAUCUUCUGCAAGAGGCUGCCUCCUGGUCCACUGAACCUGGAAACUGAGUGGGCUUUAACCAGGAGAUAAAAAUGGAGCCUGAAGGGAAUCAGGCAAGGAAAUGAACUCAGGAUUCAGAGAUCUUUGAAUUAAUAUGUGGUGGGUUCUGACAUUAUUCUUCCAUAAGACCAUGUGGGUUUCCAUGGUGGCUAUCAAUAAAACUCCUUAGGAAAACUUGGA